UGUGAUGCUGUGUUUGAUGAUCAGGAUGCAGAGGUUGUGUGUAGAGAGAUGAACUGUGGGGUUCCUGUACAGCUUUUGGGUGCAGAUACUUUUGAUAAAGGAGAGGGGCAGGUGUGGACACAAGAGAUUCAAUGUAGAGGAAAUAAAUCUCAAAUAUACUUCUGUCCACAACAAUCUUCAAACAAGAACCACUGUUCACAUAACAAUCAUGUGGGAGUGAUUUGCUCUGAUUUGAAUGUGAGGUUGGUGAACGGUGGCAGUCGUUGUGCUGGUAGAGUUGAGGUUCUUCAUGAUGGUCAGUGGGGAACAGUGUGUGGUGAUUAUGGUUGGGAUCUGACAGAUGUUGCAGUGGUGUGUAGAGAGCUGGACUGUGGUGAGGCUGUAGAGGCUCUGGGUAAGGCUCACUUUGGAGAAGGAUCAGGACCAAUCUGGUUGGAUGGUGUGGACUGUAAUGGAUCAGAGUCCACACUGAAGAACUGUGGAUCAAGUGGAUGGGGUGUUAAUAACUGUGAACAUGAUGAAGAUGCAGGAGUCAUCUGCUCAGCUCCAAGACUUGUGAAUGGAUCUCAUCUGUGCGCUGGAAGAGUGGAGCUGGUUCGUGGGAACACCUGGAUGUCAGUGUGUGAUGCUGUGUUUGAUGAUCAGGAUGCAGAGGUUGUGUGUAGAGAGCUGAACUGUGGGGUUCCUGUACAGCUGCUGGGUGCAGAUACUUUUGGUAAAGGAGAGGAGCAGGUGUGGACACAAGAGAUUCAAUGUACCGGUGAAGAGUCUCAUAUAUCUCUCUGUCCAUCAAAGCUUUCUUUCAAAGACAACUGCACUCAUGAGAAUGAUUUUGGACUGAUAUGUUCUGGUUUCUCUGACCUCAGACUGGUGAACGGCUUUGAUAUCUGCUCUGGUCGAGUUGAGCGUCAGUAUUUCAAUAAAUGGGGCUCAGUGUGUGAUGAGUGCAUGAAUAUGAGAGCUGCCAAUGUCCUCUGUAGAGAGCUGAAUUGUGGGAUUGCUGUGUCUGUUGUGGGAGUGGACUGGUUUGGAGAGGGAUCUGGUGAAAUCUGGGCUGAUGUGUUUGAUUGUCAGGGGAAUGAAACAAAACUCUCCGAAUGUUCAAUCUCUUCAUGGAGUCGAGCUGAAUCCUCUCAUAAACAAGAUGUUGGAGUCAUUUGUUCUAAUUCCUCUCUGUCUCUUCAUGAUGGUCGAGUGAGGUUGUCUGGAGAGAGAGAGUGUGAGGGUGAGGUGGAAGUUUACAUUCAUCAGGUUUGGAGGAGAGUUCUGCUGGACUCCUGGAGUCUCACUGAAUCCUCUGUGGUCUGCAGACAGCUGGGCUGUGGCUCUGUGCUGAACUUCACUAACUCCUCUUCAUCCAGUGAUGAACACAGUUAUGAGUGUGUGAUGGGCUUCCAGUGCUCUGGGACUGAAGAUCAUCUGAGGAACUGCAGCUCUCCACAAACUCUCAAGUGCAGCGUAACACAACAGCUGACAAUCACCUGCCAAAGUCAGCGGUCCAUCAGGUUGGUGGGUUCUGGUGGAGAUUGUGCAGGAAGGCUGGAGGUUUUUCACAAAGGCUCAUGGGGUACAGUGUGUGAUGACUCCUGGGAUAUUAAAGAUGCUCAUGUGGUGUGCAGACAGCUGCAGUGUGGAGUGGCUCUCAGUAAUCAGCCAGUACCAGCCUGGUUUGGUCCUGGUUCUGGACCCAUAUGGCUGGAUGAUGUGAACUGUGAGGGGAAUGAGACGUCACUGUGGAGCUGCUCUUCACCGGUCUGGGGAGAUCAUGACUGUAAACACAAGGAGGAUGUAGGAGUCGUGUGCUCAGAGUUUAAAGAGCUCAGGUUAACUGAAGGCUGUGAAGGGAAUGUGGAGGUUUUCUACAAUGGAUCCUGGGGUAAUGUUUGCUACAAUCAGAUGAACAGAGACACAGCGAGUCUGAUCUGUCAAGAGCUGAACUGUGGAAGAUCUGCCAGUGAACCCAAUUAUUCAGAAGGACUGAGGUCUCAGAAUUGGUUGGAUUACUUUAAAUGUCGAUCACAUGACUCCACUUUAUGGCAGUGUCCAUCUUCACCUUGGGGAAAGGAUUACUAUAGGACAGAUGAAGUGGCCAACAUUAUCUGCUCUGGUGAGAUGAAAUUUAAGAUCAUCUUCCUCUCAGACUGA